CUGAGUAAAGCGCAACGCCAGCCUUAGAUUCUCAGGCGGGAAUUCAUUCUCCACAGCCCCGGUGCCUUUAUUUCAAUUGCUCCGCAUCUGUGAAAUCAGAGCAGUUGCGGAUACAAGUGAUGUGACAUUGGUUUUCGUGAAACAAAAUAAAAAUCGAAAAUAUUUCCGCAUAAAACAAAGAGUUACAAGGCAAACCAUUUUUAAGGGCCAACACUACGCAUUCGCCCUCUUGUCCAGCCGUGAUUUUAUAUAUUCCGGGUGUGCCGUCCGCGUUUAUUUUCACUGGGAUUUCGAGCAGCUUGCCAAUUGUGUUUUGUGUACUUAAUAGUUUCACAUAUAUAGACAAAUAUAUCCGGAAGGGAAUUUAUUGUGGCCGGCUGCGUGUGACCACAGCAAGAUGUCAUUUGAUAUAGCCGUGGCCGAUCAGAUGCGCAUUGCACUGAACUACGUCAAGUUCAAGACGAACCAGCAGCGCCUGCGCAGCAACGACAAGGUCAUCACCGACACAGUCUACGGCAAGGUGAAAGGGGUGAAGUGGCAGUCGAUCUACGGCAACCACUACUACAGCUUCGAGGGCAUUCCAUUCGCCAAGCCGCCGGUGGGCGACCUCCGCUUCAAGGCGCCCGUGGAGCCCGACCACUGGCCAGAGGUCAAGCGGUGCACCCGGGUCCGCUCCAAGCCGUGCCAGGUCAACAUCGUUCUGAAACAGGUGCAGGGCAGCGAGGACUGCCUGUACCUCAAUGUCUACACACGGGAGUUACAUCCUCACAGACCUUUGCCGGUUUUGGUUUGGAUUUAUGGCGGUGGUUUUCAAAUGGGCGAAGCCUCCCGGGAUCUGUACAGUCCGGACUACAUCAUGAUGGAACACGUCGUUCUGGUGGUUAUUUCGUAUCGCCUCGGAGCCCUGGGCUUCCUUAGUCUUGAGGACGAAGAGCUGGAUGUUCCUGGGAAUGCGGGACUCAAGGAUCAGGUGAUGGCCUUGAGAUGGGUGAAGCGAAAUUGCCAGUUCUUUGGUGGCGACCCGGAGAAUAUUACCGUUUUUGGUGAGAGUGCCGGUGGGGCCUCCACCCAUUAUAUGAUGCUCACGGAUCAGGCAAAGGGACUAUUCCACAAGACUGUUAUUAUGUCGGGAUCGGCCCUGGCGCCCUGGGCUCAGACCCCCACUCACAUAAACUGGCCCUAUCGCUUGGCUCAAGCCACGGGCUACACGGGUGAGCCGAACGAUCGGCAGAUCUUUGCUCAUCUCAAGAAAUGCAAGGCCAGCAGUAUGCUGAAAGUGGCCGAAGAUAUUAUCACCAUGGAGGAGCGGCACCAGCGGCUGACAAUGUUCUGCUUUGGUCCCACCAUCGAGCCCUACGAGACCCCUCACUGUGUAAUCCCCAAGGCUCCUCUGGAGAUGAUGCGCAAUUGUUGGGGCAACAGCAUUCCCAUGGUCAUCGGUGGCAACUCCUUCGAGGGCCUCCUCAUGUUCCCCGAGGUGAACAAGUGGCCGGAACUGCUUUGCCAGCUGGGCGACUGCGAGUACCUGGCCCCCAUGGAUGCCCACCUGAAUGACGAGCAGAGGAGAGCGUUUGGGAAGCGAGUGCGGGAGCUAUACUUCGGCGAUAGGACUCCUGACAGGAAGACCAUAUUGGAGUACAGUGAUCUCUUCUCCUACAAGUAUUUCUGGCACGGCAUCCAGAGGACUUUGCUCUCGCGUGCUCAUCAUGCCCCAUUGGCCCCAACGUUUCUAUACCGAUUCGAUUUCGACUCAAAACACUUCAAUAUCAUGCGAAUUAUCACCUGCGGACGGAAGGUUCGCGGCACAUGCCACGCGGAUGAUCUGUCGUAUUUAUUCUACAACGCGGCGGCCAAGAAGCUGAAACGUCGCACAGCCGAAUUCAAAACGAUAAAGCGGUUGGUCUCCAUGAUCGUCCAGUUUGCCAUUUCUGGGGAUCCCAAUAUCCCGCUGGUCUCCCACGAUGAGAAGGAAGAGGUCCAGGGGGCGUGGUUGCCCAUUUCGCGUGAGGAUGAGGUCUUCAAGUGCCUGAACAUUUCGCACGAUGUGCGUGUGAUCGACUUGCCGGAGGCCGAAAAGCUGCGACUUUGGGACAGCAGUUACGACAGAGAACUCCUAUACUGAAAGGCAUACCAGUCUGCCUCUGUGUAGACACUCCCCAUCGCAAUAACAUCUAUCCAUAGCAAUAUAGCCUUAGUCUUAGAUAUAGCCCCUAAGCUGGCCCUGAGGUGGCCUUAAAAGCACAUCAAUGUACACAUGUAAAUAGAAAUUCUUUAAAGCUAGGCGUAGAAUAAAAUUUUUAAAAUAAAAA